AUGACCAGCGCGUUUCUUGCUUCUGUGGGUUCAGAUUCAGCGUACAGCUUCAACUCUCUUCGCUCAUCAGUAUCUCUACGCAAAUCAUUCAGCAGAGAAGGAUCCGAAAUUUACCAAGGGCGUGUGGGAAGGCUGGAGGUGGAGGAAAUCUCGGCGAUCUUCCGAAAGCUUGACCUUGACAAGGAUGGAAGAGUAAGCGACGGGGAGCUGGUGCGAGGGAUGAAGCACACACCUCAAGUCGCCAUUAGAUUUCUGCAGAGCGACAAUCCUGUCCUGCGAGUGCUGGCAGACAAAGCAAGCGAAGGGAAGCUAAGCGCGGAUGGUCUUGAGAGUUUUACCUUGCAAGAUUUUACGGAUCUGUGCAGCAAGACGAGCGAUCGGAGUCAAGUCUGCGUGAGGUUCAUCGGGAGACAUGGGCUUGACGAACAAGUUUGCUUCAUCCCUUCGAUGACUAGCUCCGCUAGCUUUUCUCGGUUCCAAGCGACGACAGUUCCAUACGAUCCGACGGGAGUGGAGGAUCAAGUUCGAGACAGAAGCCUGGCAAGCAAGGACUUCAACGACGGACAAGGACAGGAGAAGGACCUGGCGGUUCGAAUGCUAGCAAGCAAGCAACAUGAGCUUGUCACAAGGUUGCAAGGGGCCGUGAGGGACGGAGAAAGAGACGCGCUGCGUAUCAAGAAGCUGGAGGAAGCGCUCUCAGCCGAGGCUGAAGCCCGACGGGAUCUCGAAGUGCACCUGAGGACGGCACACAAGCUGGAGAUGGAGAGGGUCAUGGCAACACACUCGAACGAAGAGGCGAAGCUGCGAGAGGUCAUGAAUGUGGAGAUGGAGGAAAUGGUUGCUGCGUAUGAGGUGCAGCUCGCGGAUAUUAGGACGAGCAGUGCGGAAGAAAUCAAAGAGCUAAGAACAGCAGCGGAAGCGAAAGUUGCGAGCUUGGAGAGCCAGGUUGAGGAACUGAAGAAGAAACUGGAGGAGGAGGUGACAUCGCUAGCGGCCGCAAACGAAGCGCUCGAGAAGGUCAGGGAUGAGAAGGCCAAGUUGGAGGACGACAAAGCGAUCAAAGGGCGGGCUAUCAGUCAGCUGCAGGAGGCAGAGAAGCUUCUGAAAGCAACAGUCUCUGACUUGUCACAAGAGGCAGAAAAAUUGAAGAGAAUCAGCGAGGAGCAGAAGUUGGAGCUUGAGCAGCUAGAACAGCAGCUAGAGCAAGAGAGGAAGGAAAGCGCGAUGCUGGCGCAAAGACUGCAGGAUGUGUCGCAGGCGUACGAGACUUUCGGCGAGAGGCGGAAGGAGCUUGAGCAGGUGAUCGCCAGUCACGAGGAAGUUGAGGACAGGAAGGAUGCAGCUGUAUCGGAGGCGCUCAAGAUCGCGCGCGAGGCGAUCGGGGAGCGAGACGAGCUGGCGAGGAAGCAUCGGUCGAUCCUGGCUGAGCUCAAGGUGCAAGUGAACAUCAGCAAAGCCAAGGAUGGAGUGCUGACCCUCGAGGCUCUUCGCCGAGUCGUCGAAGUGAUCGGAGAAGACGUGGGGAACCCUGACGACUCGCUGAUGCUGCGAUGUGAGGAGAUACAGGAAGCCAGGGAAGAGAAGCUCGAAGAGCUUCAGGUCAGCACGAGGACCGAAGAUCAGGCAGAGGAGGAAGAGAUUCUGCCAUCAGGAGCUGACACGGUGACGUUAUCGGACCCUCAGGACGAGGGGGACGAGUCUGCAGGAGUGAAAGCAUCCUCCGCUACCAGAAGAACCUUCGGAAGGUUUCACGCUACUUCGCGAUCGACUUAA